CUCCUGUAAUCAUUUUGGGUUGAUUUUCCCAUGGGUAACCACCAUAAUGUCAGUGGGAUCUCCAUCUGAUAAAGAUUACUCUGAAGAUAUCUCAAAACUACAGUCUCUUUUAUGUAGUCAGUCAAUUGAUAUAGCUUCAGCUCUGCCUCUCUUGGAGCCCCUGACAGAGGUUGGCAAUAUUGGCCUCACCAUCCAUGUUCUCUGCAGUACCCGUCUAGGCAAGUAUGAGGAAGCCAUUGACCAGCUUCUCAAAAGGUGCCCUGAUGCAGCUGUGUUAUAUGCUCAGCAUGAGCUGAAAGAUGACUAUAGGGCUGUGUGGUGGAACAAGCUGCUUCCUGAACUUUGCAAGAGAACCAGACUUACUGGAAAUGACUGCCCUGUUCUUAUUUCAUCACUGAAAGAAACUUUAUCAGUUGUUGCAGUGGAGCUUGAACUAAGUGACUUACUCAGUCUUCUACCAGAGGAUGGAACUGCAGCAUUUUUCCUCCCGCAUCUUCUUCACUGCAGCCAGAGGAAGCUGCUGACCUAA